AUGGCCUCCAACGGCGAUUCGUUCUUACCUCGAAUCCAGUCCGUCUUCUACGCCACGUUCGAUGUCCGUCAGGGCCCAAAGAUCGUGUUCCAAGUACCUGAGGCUCUAAUAGCUGGAUCUUUCUCCUCUGGAGCCAUCGCCAAAUAUCUCUUCCACUUCGACGAUGUAUCGAAGUUCGUGAUACCUCCAAGCGCGUUAUGCGGGAGGUUAGUCACGUGUGCUACCAAAGACCACAGAAUCAUUGGUUUUCCGGUCGAACUGCUUGGGAAAUAUGAAAGGAACUACUUCAGGUAUAACCUAUGCUUUGUAUUCGAGAGACAAGCCGACCUAAGCUGUUACGAGCCCAUCGUCCGGAAGAUAGCUCGAGUUUUCACGGCUUGUGAGGAAGAGUCGGCCUUUUUGUCAAAUCCUUCAUCUCCUAUGGCCAUGCUUGCCAUCCUGGAACAACUGUACGAGGAUCUAAACUCGUAUUCUGAGACAUCGAUACCUAUCGACGCUUUCAACUCUUUGGAGCUUAAGAUAUUCCCCUUCUACCCUAACCCGCCCCCGGUUAGAGACUGGGACGUACCGUUGGCCUUGAUAAACCUCGCAAAGAGGGUUGAAUCCAACUGGGAUCUUACAAUCGUCAAAGUCAUCAAGCAUAUCGACGGAGUAAACCAUGUGUCUCGCAUCGCUUACCUUGCCGACUGCGAUUUGGAUCUAACUCGUGAAGCUGUCUCUCAUCUACUAUAUUACCAAGUAAUCAUGACAAUCGACAUCUUCCAAUAUUCUAAUAUGUAUACACUUCGGAAGAGCAUACAGUGGCUCGCGGACGAACAGCAUGUACGGGACGAAUGCGGCUUAUACGUGACAAAGCCAGGCAGGCGCAUCCCAGAUUUUCCCAAGCUCUUACAUCUGUAUUCGCGUCUCAAACCGGGAAAGUCUGUCUAUGAAUGGGCUGAAGAUCACGAUGUGAUCUCACUUGGCGUUGACAUGAGACGAUUCGUGAGCUUCGGGGUUAUCAAGGGUUUUCUGCGGCGUAUCCAUCGCUAUCCAAUUCUAAUCAAUACGUCGCAGUCGACAUUUCCCCCGUAUCCGAAGGAUUUCUUGGAUCUGCUAGACGGCGAGCAUCACUCUGAUGAGCUGGGAGCGAGGUUCGAGGUGGGAUGGCCCGUACUGGAAGCCUGGCUGGGAUCCAUCGCCGAAAGCGAGGGUAGGGUAGAGGUCAUCUAUAGAUAAUAACAUGGCAGGGCCAGGGAGGCACAGCAGUUGUAUGCCGGCUUCAUAGUAAUGCUAGUAUGAUACGAUAGCGGCCAGAUCGUUCC